AUGGGUCUCCCUCGCGAGAUGCAUGAGAUGGCGGCCAACGAACCAAUCCUCCAAAACCUCAGAACAGAGAUUGAGAGCUUUGACGAUAUUCUGCUGACCAACUUUGUGGAUACUUACAACAACCUAACGCUCAAAACCAUUAUCAACCUGCGUUUUGCGCAUACGCUCUGUCGGGGCGUUGCUACGCAGUUCGUGUUCCUCGAUGACGACUACGGUCUCUGGCUACAGGGUCUUCUGGACUCUCUUGCCGGUUUCUCCCGCGCAGACCUCCUCAGUCACGCUUUCGGUGUCGUCAAUCCCUCCUCACCCGUCAUCCGGAGCCGAGGUCAUAAGUGGGCCCUUGACCGAUCCGCCUUCCCCUUCGAUGUCUUUCCCAGUUACAUGUCGGGAUUUUGCUAUGUCAUCGGCGCGCAGGCAGUUGAGGCGCUAUCCAUUGUCGCAGCCUUCACAAAACCUCUUCGGUUGGAGGACGUGUACAUCGGCAUCAUGGCCGCCAAACUGAACAUUUCGCUACACACGCUUUCCGGGAUUUUCCUCAACUGGCCUACUGCACAGACUGCCGUCACGAAAGUGGUGGCUCCAAUCGACUACUUUAUACGCAAUUAG